UUAAAAAACAAAGGAGUUCAUCGUCCGACAGAAAUUGCUCCGGACGGAACCAUCCGUCUUAUGCGAUCACAACGUCCAGAACAAGAAUUCGCGUGUUACAAUUGCGGUACACGUAAUUCUCCUUGUUGGAGAGGACUGGAAGGUCAAAAACUUUGUAAGUUCCUCACUUUGUAAUUUCGUAAUAUUAAUUUCGUGUAUUUUUGAUACCAUAAGGUAAUAAAUGUGGACUACUUAUAAAAUAAAAUGGAUAUGCACGACCUCUAAGUUCACCUUCAAUCGUAAUGUAUCAUUCUCGAAAAUCUUCUAACUCCUGCUGAAUUGCAAGAUUUUAAAAUUUCCGUGUUAUUUACAGACAUAGUAAACUAUUGUAUAUAAUAAUUCGAUUUCCCCAAUCAUUUUUUCUUUACUAUGUCCGGAGAUGUGUAAUAUAUGAACUGUAUUAUUCCGACAUAU